CCCGUGCUGCCCAUCCCUCACUCAGACGGAUAAACCGCAACCAACUGCACCACCUCCGACCUUUUAGUGUCUCCAAGAACAAUAAACCAACAUGCAAGCUGUUCGCAAUAAGAUGGCCACACUAAAGGCCAAGCUUGAAGAGGCCAAUAGGGCUGCGGACGAUGCUGAGAAUGAACUUGCACUGACUAAUGAAAAAGCUGACGAAACAGAAGCGAGGACUGCAGAUCUAACAAAGGAAUUGUCUGACCUCGAAGAUCAAUUGGAUGAAGCAGAAUCCAGACUCAAUAACCUUAAUGAAAAAUUGAGCGAGGCUGAGAAAAACGCAGAUGAAAGUGAUCAAGCUCGCAAAAUUUUAGAAAAUCGAGGGACAGCUGAUAAUUCCCGCGUAUCGAGACUAGAAGCCGAGCUUGAAGAAUUGGUCACUAAAAACGAAGAUGCGAAAAACUCCCACGAGGAGCUAGCUCUUCAACUUGCGGAAGGAGAAGAACAGCUUGAUCAGGAAGAAGAGAGGUGCGAAAUUGCUGACGCACGUGUAAAAGAACUCGAAGUGGAAGUAACACAGGUAGGGAAUUCACUUCGUAGCAUGGAAAUCAACGAAGGACAAGCAGCAGAACGGACGGAAAGCGGAAAUUCAAAAAUUUCUGGCAUCGAAACAAAAUAUCGAGAGAUGGAAGAAAAAGCGACUCAGUUCGAAGAAAGAUCAACUGAACUCGAACAGGAGUGUGAACAACUGGAAGAAGAACUUAACGAAACAAAGGAUAAAUACACAGCCACUAAGGCUGAGUUGGAUGCGCUUUUGGCUGAGAUAAACGAGAUGUAACUUUAUUCUUUUAUCGUUUUUAAUAUUUUUCGUAUGGAAUUGUACAUAUAAAAUCUACUUUUUUACUCUCAAUCUUUUUAUUUAUGUAUACUUUUUUACAUAUCUCCACGACUGGCUUAUAUUUUUUGCAAAUAAAUGUAAUGUUGCUUGUCAUAA